AUGGCUAUCACAUACGAGACUGAGGCGCCUCAGCAAACCCCAUGGGUGCAGACUCCGUUGCGGGAGUCGUACGCGCUCUCUGAAGCUGCGGGAUGCAGAGUCUUUCUCAAGCUGGAGAACCUCCAGCCUUCUGGAUCAUUCAAGUCAAGAGGCAUCGGCAACUAUAUCCUCCGUCGCCUUGAAGAACUACCCCAAGGCUCUCGCCCUCACAUCUUUGCUUCCAGUGGAGGCAAUGCCGGACUCGCAGCCGUCUACUCUGCCCGUACUCUUGGCCUAGACUGCACUGUCGUGGUCCCGACCGCAACAGCGCCACUGAUGGUGUCCAAACUCCGAGCCGCAGGAGCAUACGAAGUGAUCCAGCAUGGCGCAGCAUGGAAGGACGCAGACACCUAUCUCCGAGAGCACGUUAUGCCCUGCGCCCAAACAGAAACUAUCUAUUGUCCACCCUUUGACCAUCCGGACAUCUGGCAAGGCAACUCGACCGUCAUGCACGAAAUCGCCGCUCAACUCCCGGGCUCCGUCCCAGACGUGCUCAUCUGCUCCGUUGGUGGCGGCGGCCUCAUGAACGGCAUCUGCCAAGCCAUGGACGAACUCUCCAUGUACACCCCCACGAUACUCGCCCUGGAAACCGCAGGCGCAGACUCGCUCGCUGCGUCCCUCAAGGCGCGGCAACCAAUCACCCUUGGCAAGAUUACAUCACAGGCUACCAGUCUCGGCUGCGCAAGGGUAACAGACGCAACGUUCAAGUAUGCACAGCGGAAUAAUGUGAAAAGUAUCGUGCUGCCAGAUGGCGAGGCGGCCAUGGGCUGUUGGCGGCUUGCAGAUGAUGAGAGGAUCAUGGUGGAGCUUGCAUGUGGAAUCAACGUUGCCCUUUGCUACGAUGGGCGGUUGGAAAAGGCGCUCGGCAGGCCGGUGCGACCGGAUGACAAGGUUGUGAUUGUGCUGUGUGGAGGCAGCAAUGUUUCGAGCAAGAUGCUGUGUGACUGGAGGAACGAGUAUGCUUAUAUCGAGGAGGAAACGGAGCAAAGCAGGCGUACUGACUCGGCGUUGGGCAGUGAGACUGUGAGUGAGACGAGCAGUGUCAAGGGUGUCGAGGUUGAUGGUGUGCCAAGUGGGUAUAGUAAGCCGAUGGUUAUUGAGGGCAUCGAGGUGGCUUGCGCAGAUUGCUCAUAG